AUGACAGACUCAUCUACUCCUUUUGAACUUUUAAAAGAAGAAAUGGAAUAAGACGAAAUAUAUAUUCGUGUUAAUGCAAUACAUAGAAUAAAGAUAGUAGCAACAUUAAUGGGACAUGAUUUUGUAAAAUCUACAUUACUUCCAUUUAUAGAAAAUUUAAUAAAAAAAGAGGAAGAUGAAGUACUAUUUGCAAUAGCCGAAUAAAUAGAAUAUUUAUCGUAAUUUUUAUAAGGAAACUAAACUAUUUUAUUGCCAUUUUUAGAAUAAUUAGCAAGUUAAGAAGAAACAGUUGUACGUGAUAUGGCUGUAAAAUCAUUAAUUAAUAUAUCUUAAUAAUUAGGAGAAUACGAGAUUUAGAAUUUCUAUGUUCCUUUAAUACUUAGAUUGGCAAGUAAUGAUUCCAAUUUUACAUGUAGAGUUUCUGCUGUGAAUUUGAUGUGUAGUAUAUAUACUCGUUCAGGUUAACAUAAAGAGAAAAUAAGAAAUAAAUUUAUUGAAUUAUGUGGCGAAGAAACACCUAUGGUCCGUCGUGCAAUUGCUUAAAAAAUAGGAGAACUAGCUACAGUUAUAGAAAAAGAAUAUGUAUUAAGUGCUUUAAUAUAAAGUGUGAAAUAAUUAAUAUCUGAUGAAUAAGAUUUAGUAAGAGUACUAGUAUUAAACUCAUUAAAAUAAAUAGCUAAAAUAUUAAAGAAAGAAGAAAAUAAAUAACAUAUAUUACCAAUUAUAAUAGCAGCUACAGAAGACAAAUCAUGGCGAGUUCGUUUAGCUUUAUCUAAAUUAUUUUCUGAAAUAGCAGAAGCAUUCGGAGAAGAAGGAGAUAAUGUAUCAUUAAUAUAAAUAUUUACAAAUUUAUUAAGAGAUGCUGAAAAUGAUGUCCGAAUAGCCUCUAUUUAGUCCUUAACGAAAUUCGUCAAAAUACUUUCACCUGAAAAACUUGGAAUAAUAGUUCCUCAUUUAUAAUAUUUGGCAAAAGAUUUCGUUCCUUAAGUAAGAUCUGGAGUAACUGAAGUUGUUUCUUUAAUUGUUCAAAUUUUACCCAAAGAAGUUAUUUCUUCUAAACUCCUUUCCUAUAUUAUUGAUCUUUUCGAUGAUGAAAGUAAAGAAGUUAGAUAAGGAGCAAAUAAAGCGGCUUCUAAAUUCGCAGAAUGCCUUGGACCCGAUUCUUUGAAAACUCUACUUCCAUUAUUUAAAAAAAGUAUUGAAGAUCCAAAAUGGAGAGUUAGAGUAGAAGCAUAUGAAGCUUUAUCGAAUAUAGCAAAAGCAUAUCAUAAUAAUGAGGUAUUUAUGAAUAAUUUAGAACCUCUAUUUAUGAGUUUUUUAAAAGACAAGAUUUCUAUAGUAAGAGAAAGUGCUGCAAAUAAAUUGCCUUAAAUAAUUAUUAUAUAUAAAGAAUGGGCUAUAGGGAAAUUAUAUAAAUAAUUAAUAGAUUGUUUAAAUAAGGAUAAUAGCUAUUUAUUAAGAUAAACUGGACUUUAUUGUUUAAAAAUUUUGACUUUGAAUGUUUCUAGUGAUUUUGUUAGUGAGAAAAUUUUGCCUUUUUUUUAUAAAAAUCUAAAUGAUACAGUACCAAAUAUUAGGUUUAUUUAGGUUAAAAUUCUAAAGGAAAUUUUAGGGAAAAUUGAUAAUUAAAAUAUUUAGAACGAAAUUAAAUAAUAAGUUUCAAAUUUAGUUAAUGAUAGUGAUAGAGAUGUUAAAUAUUUCGCUUAAGAACUCUUAAAGUAAUUAUGAUUUUUUUAAA